CAGACUCCAGUGCGACAUUUGUCAGAGGGGGCCUCUGAAACAUCUCCCGCACCCCCUGUUACAAUACCAGUGCUCCGCCCCUGAUUUGGUCCCACUCAAAAACAGUCAGUGAAGAAUGGGGAAAAGAGUUCUUCUCGUUAUACCAUGUCUCUGUGUAGUUUUGUUCCUCAUACACUCUCUGGUCAAACCCAUCAAUGAAGUAUUUCAGUUGCACCAGUAUCCAUCAUUAGCAUUACCUAAUGGCAUCCCCUACUUUGAAUCAUCCCAACAUCCCAACAGGGAAUACGCACACCAUCACCCAACGAACACAGUGACCACUUUAAGUGCUCCAACGUGGACCAAUAGCACGUUACUUGAUUUGUCUGAGUGGCUUUCCCUGAUGACCGAGAUUCAGUGGCCCCAACCUGCACAAGACCUGACGACAGCUGACCAAGCCACAGAUCCAAGUCAAUGCACAUGCUCUGUGGUCGAUCCCAAGGAGACGUAUCAGGUGGGAGAAUCUGUGACUCUGACGGUAAUUGCAAAGGACACAAAAGGACGACUUAAGACCUACGGUGGCGAUUUCUUUCAGGCAAAGCUCUAUAACACAGAGCUGAAGGCUAGCGUGUAUGGCCAAGUCACUGAUAACAACAACGGCACAUACACCAUCAACUUGGCCUUGCAGUGGGCUGGCACAGCAACAGUGUCAGUGCGUAUGAUUCACUCCAGCGAGGCGGUUCAGGUCCUGGCAAGGCAAAGAGACCAGGACCCCGACAAGGUUUACUUCCUGGGAUACUUCAAAUCGCAAGGCCAGGUAGAGACAGUUCAGUGCAAUGCUCAGGAGAGCUCUAGGCUUUUGGGGGAUGGCACCAACUGCUGUUGCAGGUUCACAGAUCAUCUGACGGAGGAAACCUGGGUCUGCCGGAAGCCAUCAAAGCUGCCAUGCAGUGCCUGGGUCGACCACAGCUUCGGAGGUUACCAAGCCAAGCUCUCCUCCUUGGAGUCAAACCUUCUAAGCAGGAGUUCCACGGACAUUCCUCUGAAGUGUAAGAUUGUCCUCAAUGUUCAGCAACAGACUCAAGAAACACCACAGAGGGGCAAAUGUCUACCCAGUCAACAUACUCCUGUUCCAGCAGGCUUUUACCUGCAAGACAACUGGAUUUCUUUGAUGUGUGACACGCAGUCAUUUCCCUCACCGCAACACAUCUCUGCAUGUUUGAAGGAUAAGCACAUUCUUAUGAUGGGAGACUCCACCCUGCGGCAGUGGUUUGAAUAUCUUCUACAAACAGUGCCAACCUUGAAGAAGCUGAACUUCUUCACCUCCCAGAAGUCGGGGCCUUUCGAGGCUGUAGAUGUGGCUACCAACACCCGCCUGGAGUGGCGAGCCCAUGGGCUUCCCCUGCGCACGGACAAGACUCCCCGCGCUGACCUGCACUACAUUGCCAGCGAGCUGGAGCGUCUGCCGGGAGGCGAACGCACGGUGGUGGUCUUCACCAUCUGGGCCCACUUCACCACCUACCCGCUGGGCACCUACGUGCGGCGGCUGGCCACCAUCCGGCAGGCGGUGCUCUCGCUGCUCCAGCGCUCCCAGGGCCUCACCCUGGUGGUCAUCAAGUCGGCCAACACGGGCUACAAGGACGUGUACGGCAGCGACUGGCUGAGCUGGCAGCUGGACUGCGUGCUGCGUGCCAUGUUCCGGAACAUUCCCGUCGUGAUUCUGGACGUGUGGCAGAUGACCUCUUGCCACUACGCACCUGACAACAUUCACCCGCCACUGGUGGUGGUGCGUAACGAGGUUGAACUUUUCCUAUCAUUUGUGUGCCCCAAGUGAUGGCAAUGUCUGGCAUCAGUAUGUGUUAAAUGCGACAU